CGGCGGAGCGGAAGCGGUUGAGAGGAGCUGAGCUGAGGCGGCGAGCAGCUUCAUCCUCCAUCCCAACUGCGUCUAAUUCAUUCGGACCUGAAACCCUUGAUCGCCCUGAAGGCGAACACAACCAUUUGAUUGCCAAAAUGACUUCGGCUUCUGUCUCUGACACAUAUACAUCAGCUGAUGCAACCUGCAGAGUCUCAGUGGAAAAUGUUACCCAGAAAUCAUCGAGUUCCAAAACAUCAAUGUCCCCCUCAGAUAACUAUUAUCUGGCACGAAGGCGGACACUGCAGGUGGUGGUUAGUUCCCUACUAACUGAAGCAGGUUUUGACGCAGCAGAAAAGGCAGCUGUUGAAACACUGACUGAAAUGCUGCAGAGCUAUCUAUCUGAAAUUGGUCGAAGUGCUAAAGUAUAUUGUGAACAUUCAGCACGAACUCAACCAACCUUGUCAGAUAUUGUGGUUACUUUGGCAGAAAUGGGUUUUAAUGUGGAUAAUAUUCAGGCUUACGCCAAGCGAUCACAGAGAAUGGUUAUUACAGCUCCUCCUGUUACUAAUACUCCGGCACCCCCCAGAGCACUUUCUACAGGACAGAAGAGAACACACCCUUCGUACAUCCCAGGACAUUUUCCAGAGUUCCCUGAUCCUCACACCUAUAUAAAGACACCUACAAUCAGAGAGCCAGUUUCUGAUUACCAAGUGCUGAGGGAGAAAGCUGCGUCCCAGAGAAGAGAUGUGGAGCGAGCUUUGACCAGGUUUAUGGCCAAGACAGGAGAGACUGAGAGUCUGUUUAAAGAUGAUGUCUCAACAUUCCCAUUGAUUGCUGCGCGAACGACUACAAUUCCUUACCUAAAUGCCUUGCUACCAUCUGAGCUUGAGUUGCAGCAGAUGGAGGAGACAGAUUCCUCAGAACAGGAUGAUCAGACUGAUACAGAGAACCUUACACUAAAUAUGAACUCGGAUGAAAUGUCUGCUGAAAAGGAAAAUACCAUGUUGCAACAAAGCUCAGGGUUAUCUAACAGUAAGAAUAGUGAAGAGCCGAUGAUUGACAAUCCAUAUCUAAGACCAGUCAAAAAGCCCAAGAUCCGUAGGAAGAAAUGAUAUUCUGGAAACAAUGCAAGAAUGAUUUGAGUGAAUGCUACGCAUUGUAAUAACACAGCUAUUUGAACUGAAGAAAAAUGUUGAUUUGAAAACUGUCUUCAUCAUUGUAAAAUAUGAAAAAGGAAUCUCAGAUCUAAUGGAGUCAUGGUUUUUAAUCCUGGAAGAUAUCUUACCAUAACCAGGCCGAUUUGGUAGCCAUGACAUCUGGAUAACCUGUACUUGAAGCCAGAAUCUGUUGCAUUUCUGUUCUGGUGGAGCAAACACACUUCUGUUGCUAGUUUUAAAAACUAUUUGAACUUCAUUGCAGUGCAGCUUAUGAACAUCUUAAGAUCUUUGGUCACAUCGCAUAGAUGAAGGCACACAUUCAAGUGUGGUAACAAUGACUAUUUCUUCAACGUGACAGUUUGCAGUGGCAGUUAUUUAUUGUUGAUUUUCCUGUUCAUUGUAGAUUAUUUGCAGGUUCAACCAAAGAAAGGGUUUUUAUAACACUUCACAACUCACAUGUUGUAUGGCUUGGCCCUCUUCAUUACAAUAUUUUUCACACUAUUUGCCAUUGCAGCUGGUUACAGAAUCUUUAAGCAUUACAGCUGUCCCAUAAACAUGUUGUGUGCAGCAGUUAUACAGUUUAAUGUAUAUAAAUAUUUCUUCUGGUUUAAAAAAAUAAAUCUUGUUGAACUAUUUAACAAA